CUCAAUUUAUUGGUUAGGUAAUAGCACGCAUGUCACGCGUUAUGUCGACGUGUAGAAACUAUAACAACAUGUUCCCAUGGAAACUAAGAUAAGCUUUCUCCCAAGAUGCAUACAAAAGCUCUACUCACUUUUUUUCCAUUUUUAGAUAGAGACGAAGAUCUUGUUCAAAACCCAAAAUCCGGGGACAAUGUCUAUGAAUUAUGAACUUUCCAUUCUCUGUGUCAUCUUCUUUCGUAUCUUCACCUCUUCGUCGGCCUCUUGUGAUUACCACGGCUUCCUUUAUUGUCUCUCGGUCCACAUUCCACCUCCUACUAACCUCUCUCGCAUUCUCUACUCCCCCGAAUCCCCCGACUACUCCACGGUCUUACUUUCGUCAAUCCGUAACCUAAGAUUCGUCACUCCUUCAAGACAGAAGCCUUAUUUCAUCGUCACUCCGACCAAUAUAUCCCACAUCCAAGCAUCGGUUAUCUGCGGCAGAAAGCACGGUCUUCCUAUCCGUGUCAGGAGCGGCGGUCAUGACUAUGAGGGCCUUUCCUACCGGUCGGAAGACGGCCGUCCAUUCAUCAUAGUCGAUCUCGCAAAUAUUCGAUCAGUGGAUGUCGACCCUACCAAAGCCACUGCCUGGGUCCAGGCCGGUGCCACCCUCGGUGAGCUCUACUAUACAAUCGCGGAGAACAGCAGACAACUAGGAUUUCCUGCGGGGAUCUGCCCUACCGUCGGGGUGGGUGGCCACUUAACCGGGGGCGGCUUCGGGACCAUGUUGAGGAAAUAUGGCCUUGCCGCGGAUAAUAUCUUGGAUGCUAUACUUAUCGACGCAAACGGAGAAGUACUAAAUAAGGACACCAUGGGUGAGGAUCUAUUUUGGGCAAUUAGAGGCGGGGGAGCGGCGAGCUUUGGCAUUGUAGUUUCAUGGAAGAUCAAGCUAGUUCCUGUACCCCCUAAAGUCACAGUUUUUACAAUCUCUAGAAACUUGGCUCAAGGUGCAGUUGACCUUGUGACUAAGUGGCAAAGUAUAGCACCCAAACUUCAUGAAAACCUCUUCAUAAGAAUAGUCAUAACAAAAGAAGCUAAGGAGGGUGGAGAAAUGGAAGUAGUGGCCUCAUUCAACUCCUUGUUUCUUGGGCAGUGCGAGGAGCUGCUUCAGCUCAUGGAAAAGAGCUUCUUUGAACUGCGGAUGAAGAGAGAGGAUUGCAAAGAGAUGAGUUGGAUCCAAUCUGUUCUAUAUUUUGCCUUCUAUACUAAUCGAAUUCCCCUUGAGGAUUUACUGGAUAGAGGGACAAAACCAGAGAGGUUCUUCAAGGCCAAAUCUGAUUUUGUGCAGGAACCUGUUCCAAGCUUCCUUUGGGGAAGGAUUUGGGGGAGGUUUCUUGAGGAUGAAGCAGGGGUCUUGAUCAUGGACCCAUAUGGAGGAACAAUGAACAAUUUUUCGGAUUCGGCGACACCUUUCCCACAUAGGCAAGGGAAUUUGUACAAUUUGCAAUAUUUUGUGGAGUGGAGAGAAAAUGGAACAGUGCCAUACAACAAACAUAUGAAGUGGGUGAGGAAGGUGUAUAAGGAGAUGAGUCCAUACGUCUCCCAUAACCCAAGAGCUGCAUAUAUGAACUAUAGGGACCUCGAUUUGGGGAAGAAUGAGUUAGAUGGGAAUGUAACAAGCUAUUCAAAAGCUAAAGUUUGGGGUUUGAGGUACUUCAAAAGCAAUUUUGAGAGGUUGGCAUUUAUAAAGGGUAGAGUAGAUCCUGGUGAUUUCUUUAGGAAUGAGCAGAGCAUCCCUCCUCUUCUCCCUCAGGAGUCUAGUGCAGGGUUUAGUGCAACUUAAAGAAAUUGGAGAUUCCUUUUUUUUUUCUUCCUUUUAUGAAGAACUCAAUCAAUUAUAGUUGAAUAGUUUUGUUGUUUUAUGUGCUUGUGAUGCGAAAGAAUUGGAUUGUAAACAGGGCAUGUUGCUGCUAUUGUUGUAACUUGUAAGUCGACUCUGUAAGCAUGUUAAAUCUGAAUUAGAUGUGUUUUUCCUCUCAGCAGAUAAAGCCUUGAUUGAAUUAACAAAACGCUUGUGAGAUUGUUAUGAUAAGAAGCUUAAAUGAGUUUCA